UCCCCAGACCUCGAUUCGCGUCGUUUCCAAGCCACUUCUCAAGGGUCCGCCAACUGAUCUGCAUCGCCCGCUCAUGUGUUCCUUGGUCGACGGCGUAUCAGCAUCCGACAUGGAGAAAUUUCUAUGCGACCGGUUGCUUGACCCGACACAACCCAUAUCCGAGCGCUUCCGAGCUCUCUUCUCCCUUCGCAACCUCAAAGGCCCUGCCUCCCGCAACGCUCUCAUUCAAGCGACAAGGGAUUCAUCAAAUUUGUUGGCUCAUGAAGCUGCAUUUGCAUUGGGUCAAAUGCAAGAUGCUGAAGCUAUUCCUGCUUUGGAAGUAGUUCUAAAUGAUCUUUCUUUGCAUCCCAUCGUUCGUCAUGAGGCAGCUGAAGCACUUGGUGCCAUUGGUUUGGAGAGUAACAUUCCUCUUUUGAAGAAUAGUUUGGUUCUAGACCCUGCUCCAGAAGUCCGUGAAACAUGCGAACUGGCUCUCCAGCGAAUUGAGGAGUUAAAAUUCGAUGGUAGUGAUGACAAAUCAUCCAUGACAGAAAAGUCACCCUUCUUGUCAGUUGAUCCUGCUGCACCAGCUUCAUCUCAUUCAUCUGUUGAUAAACUUAGGGAGGUGCUGUUGGAUGAAGCAAGAGGCAUGUAUGAGAGGUAUUCAGCUCUCUUUGCUCUUCGGAACCAUGGUGGAGAGGAAGCUGUUUCUGCCAUUAUUGAUUCUUUGGGGGCCAAAAGUGCUUUGUUGAAGCAUGAGGUUGCUUAUGUCUUGGGUCAAUUGCAAAAUAAAGCUGCUUCAGCUGCACUUAGCAAUAUACUCAGGAAUGAGACUGAGCACCCAAUGGUUAGACAUGAAGCUGCUGAAGCUCUCGGUUCCAUUGCAGAUGAUCAAAGUGUAGCACUUCUUGAGGAAUUUGCUAGGGAUCCUGAGCCCAUUGUCUCACAGAGCUGUGAAGUCGCUCUUAGCAUGCUGGAAUUUGAGAGAGCAGGAAAAUCAUUUGAGUUCCUCUUCAUGCAAACUCCUGUGGUGCAUUAGAUCUGGUUAAAACAUGAGCUAGGGAAAAGACAGAAGCUGAAACACUAAAGUACAACAACAUAUAAUCAUCUUAUUUGGGCAAAAUUUUCUCCAUUUUGCCGCAAAUUACAAAAUUUUCACCACAGGUAAUGAUUAUAUUGUCAAAAAAGCCAGAAGACAAAUACCGAAAGAAAUGAAGUUGCAAAGUUAUUGUAGAUGUCCCUUUUGUUUAGAACUUGAAAGAAAGGGAACAACCCAAAGCAUUUGUUUCUGCUUUAGACUUUUCAAAACCAGUUUGUUGAAAAAUGAAGUCAAAACUGUGAUGUGGUGACAGAGGCUUAGCUAGCGAGUGAGGAAGAUGAAGUCAGAACUAUGAUAUUUUGUAUGCAAAACUCCAUUUUCCUGUGUUAGGGAAUGAUGAACCUUUUAUCUUAGUUAUGCUUUGUGUUUUCUUGGCUGA